GGACUAGAUCUUAGCAGCCAUUCUGCACAGCUGUUGUAAAAGAAAGAAAAUAAUUUCGUUCAAAAUUGCCUUUGAAAUCUUUUAUUUUUCUCUUCAAUAUGCAACUACAAUACCAAAGCAGAACCUGGAACACCUGGAACUCCCAGGAAUUUAUGCUGUAGUGAAAACAGAUAACCCUUUAACGUGUAGUCAGGCUGUUCUUCUACUACAAGGUCAAGUAAAGGAUCAGUUGUACGUACAAGAUACGUCUUGUUUCACAACAGCAUGGCUCCAACUCUUCCGCCAACCCAAACAGUUCCAGUUGAAGAAUCAACAUUGACAACAGGAGAAAUAGUGAUAAUAGCUGUUGGUGCAUAUGUGGCUGUCAUGAUUAUAGCACUUCUCAUCCGACAGUGCUUAAAGGCUCAAGGUAUAAGCCUCUGCCCAGCAUGGGUAACUGAACAGUGCUGUGGAAGCUGUUGCAGUGCCGAGGGUGAGCCAUCAUGCUGCGCUGCAUGUUUGGUUUCUUUUGCCGAGAUGUGUGACUGCUCAACGCCAACCAAAAAAUCUUGUAUGGAUUCCUUCUGUCCCUCUAAACAGUGGUGUGAUGAAACUUUCUGUUGCUGUAUGAAUGCUCAACCUGGAGGUGAAAUGUGUCAAGAUUGUCAAGGGCCAGAAUGUAAUUGUGGGGGAUGUAACUGUGCUUGCGCUUGUGACAUUCCCGAUUGUAGCAGCAUAAACUGCUUGUGCUUCAAAUUAGACCUGAGUGGAGGAGGAGGAGGUGCAAGAUGACACUAAAUUCCACCAAACCCCACCCUCCCCCCCCCCCCUUGGUACUGUUUCUGGAUAUUGUAAUGCAGUAUGAGGUAUAUGACAAUCAUUAUUGUAUAUAACUCUGAGAUCCAUGCAUCUUAUAACAUUUAAAGCUCAUUAGCUAAACACAUGGCAACACUUAGAUUAGUCAAUACCCAUUUAUUAUAAGUGCAUAAAAUGUGGUUCCAAUUAAACUUUUCAAGUCUUUUAGAGUGGUUAUCAAAAACCCAUGAAAUACACUUUAGCGUAUUACACUUUAAUACACUUUAUUGUCCGCAUUUUCUUUUGAUUUUCUUUUGUGUCUUCGGUGUAUUACAAUUUAUUACACCUUAGUUAUUGCACUUUGUUUCACGKUUUUUUUUAACCGCUCUAUACCUGGAAAACAUUACCUUUUUAUGCUGUUAAAAUGACACUAGGGUCAGAGGCGUCAACAGGGGGAAGGCCAAGGGGGUCAUCCGCCCCCUUGUGACAAAAAAUGCAGGUUUUUAGAAUUUGUAAAUUUAAAAAAUGUAAAAAGUAAUGUCAAACAAAAUGGCAGAUUUUUGAAUUUGGCCUUCCCCUUCGGAGAAUCCUAGCUAUGGGUGUUGGGAGAAGAUGAGCAGGAAACAAAAUGUUGACAUGCCAAUAUUCUAAUCUAAAUCCAUAACUUAUGUUCACAGUCAAUCACUAUAGAUAAAUUAUGGUGUAGCCUCAUGCGACAUCUUGAUACUAACAAUGCUUUACUUGGUCAUAUUUUAUAUUCUUGUACAGAAAUUGUUUAAAUGUAAUAUAUAUUUAAAAGGAAAGUUAUA